AUGAGUAGAGUGAAUAAUUUAUUGGCAUAACUUCAAAAGUACAAGAAUACGAGUUUGCCUAAAAAAGUGAAAAUUGUAGAGAUGGGACCCAGAGAUGGAUUAUAAAAUGAAAAGACAAUUGUGCAGAGUGAAGAUAAAGUUAAAUUCAUAAAUCUAUUAUCUAAAUGCGGAUUUUAAGCAAUAGAGACUACUAGUUUUGUGUCAAAGAAAUGGGUACCAUAGAUGGGAGAUGCAUCUGAAGUCUAUUCAAAAAUUGACAAAUUCCCAAAUGUGAGUUAUCCUGUUUUAGUUCCGAAUAUAAUUGGAUUGGACUAAGCAUUGAAGGUCGGAGUUAAAGAAAUAGCCGUAUUCGGAGCAGCCUCUGAAGCAUUUUCAUAAAAAAAUAUAAACUGUUCUAUAGCUGAUUCACUAAAGAGAUUUAAUGAUGUUGUAAUAAAAGCCUAAUAAAAUGGAAUUAAAAUAAGAGGAUACGUAUCAUGUGUUAUGGGAUGUCCUUAUGAAGGGGAUAUUCAUCCUUAAAAAGUGGCAGAAGUGACUUAAAAAUUAUUUGAAAUGGGUUGUUAUGAGGUUUCUUUGGGAGAUACAAUAGGAGUUGGGACUCCUGAGAAAACCAAAAAUUUAAUGUAAGCUCUCUCGUAAUUCGACAUUAAAAAAUUGGCUGUUCAUUUUCAUGAUACUUAUGAUAGGGCAAUUCCGAACAUACUGGUUGCUUUGGAACAUGGCGUUGAGGUUGUAGAUUCAUCUGUUUCAGGGUUGGGUGGAUGUCCUUAUGCUGGUAAGCCAAGUGGAAAUGUGGCUACAGAAACCGUAGUUAAUUCGUUGAAUUAUUUAGGAAUCGAAACAGGUAUUGACAGAGAAAAUCUCAAGAAAGCCUCAGAUUUUAUUUGUGGUUUGUUAAAUCGAUAAAAUAUAUCAAUCAAUUUUUGAGAAUGUACAUGAAAGGGAAGAAUCACUCAUCUAGAUUGAGUGCAUCAAAAAAUAUUCCAUUUACAAUAACUUAAUA